AGGCAAUUCAUCUUUGUUUGUUGCUUCCGGUUUCGUGUUGGGAUCAGAAACCCUAAUUUCUCCCCAAAAUUCCUUACCUUUAUUUUUAUUUAAUCUCACAUCUCCUCCUAAUUCCCCUGUUUUUGAUUUGGACAGCGCAGAAUUUUCUGUUCUCUAUUCAUCACUUUUUUCGAUCGAUCUGAAAUUCUAAAGUCGCACUUCAAUCUUUACUUUCCGUAUUCAUCAACGUCUUGGUAAGAGAAUAGUCGUUCUACCAGUCGCGCAAUGGCCAAAAGCUCCUUCAAGUUGGAACAUCCACUUGAGAGGAGGCAGGCAGAAGCUGCUCGGAUCAGAGAGAAGUAUCCUGAUAGAAUACCAGUGAUUGUGGAGAAGGCUGAAAGGAGUGAUAUUCCUGACAUUGACAAGAAGAAGUAUCUUGUUCCUGCAGAUUUGACUGUUGGUCAGUUUGUUUAUGUUGUCCGGAAGAGGAUAAAACUCAGCGCUGAGAAGGCCAUAUUCAUUUUUGUCAAGAAUGUUCUACCCCCAACAGCUGCCAUGAUGUCUGCGAUCUACGAGGAGAACAAGGAUGAAGAUGGUUUCCUUUACAUGACUUACAGCGGUGAGAACACAUUUGGGUUCUGACCUAAUUUAGUCAAAUGUAUGUAAAUAAGAUAAAAGAAUGAAGAAAGAUGUAAAUUCUCAGCAAACCCUUUUAUCUCCAUCUCCAGAUGUUCUCUUCUUAGACAAUUAACUAUUGGAUAGUUCGGGUAAUUUGAAUGUUUAUAGAAUGUGCAUGCACAAAUUAAUGCAAUGCUUUAUUCCCCAA